CUCAUGUCAAAGUCGAAGUCAAAGUCGGAGUCGGAGUCAAAGUGAAGCAUUUUACUGCAGACCACUCUGGAGUCGAUGUGAAAGAAGGUUGUGCUAUAUCUAAAUAUUAAACAAAUAAUCUAACUAAAUAACUUAAGCAAAAAACCAAAACAAAAAACGGAGCAAUAUAUAUAUAGAAAGAGAGAGAGAGGGUAUACGGGGUGCGUGUACUCAUAAGUAGUUUAUAAAAUUUUAUUGAACGACCCAAAACUGGAAACGGAAACGGCGACGUUGACGACACAAUGUCUGUGGACUUUAUACUGCCCAAUCGCAACAAGAUACAAACGAUUGCCUAUGCGAGCAAGAAAUAUGCGCCGGCCACCGAAUCCCACAGCUGGCGACGCCCCAAGUCAAAGCCGAGCAACAGCAGCAGCAGCAGGAACGGGCACGGGCAGACGCUGCGCAAACUGAGGCCGUCGGUUGCAUCCAAUGUGGACAAGUCGCACCCGGUGCUGCGCAAUGCCAAUAACAAUAACAGUAGCACACACAAUGGCAAGAUGACGCUCAAGUCUGGGCCCAAUAAGGAGUCUAAGCGCGGCGGCAGAGCUGCGCUCAAGCGUGACCUAAUCGAGCUGGACGAGGAUGAGGCCAAUGUGGCGGCUGCCCAGCCGGACGAUGAGCAGCAAUUGGAAUGGUUCGCAGCACAGUCCCUGGUGCAAAUGAACUCCAAGCAGGAGCGACGACUGGGAGCGGGAGCAGCAACAGGAACUGUAGCUGGCGUUGGAGCGGGCACAGUGAAAGCAGUAACAGCAGCCGCAGUAUCUAUGCGCCGUCCAGUGGCCUUUGGUCGCGCCCCAGCCGAGGAUGGCAAGGUGAUCUUCUAUGCGCCGCCGGCAAAUGCCAAUGGCGCACCCAGAGAGCCGCAGCCGAUUGCCGUAAAGCGCGAACGGGAGCAACAAGUGGCUGCAGCCAUAUAUAGGGGACGCAGCGUGGAGGAGACGGAGGCGGCACACGAUCUGCUGUCGUUGUCGCAAAGUCUGCCACCGCUAAUACCGCCCUGUGUGGUGACCAUUAUGAAGCAGGAGAUACUACAGAAGCCGCCGGAACAACUGCCCGUUAUGCAGGAGAUUUCGAACAAGUCGCCGCCGUAUCAGAGCAGCAGCAGCAGCAGCUCCAACAUUCGGUUCAUUGGCAGCAGCUCGUACGAUCUGUUGAAUAGCGCGCCGGAAACAUCGAACAAUUGUUCGCCGCUGACGCCGCCCAAUUCCGAUCACAGCUCAGAUGUGGACAUCGAUAUGUCCUCCUCGUCCGAAUCCGGCCAGCUGCACUGGAACAAGCAGCCGCAGCCGCCGCAGCAGCGUGCCUCCGCUCUAAAGAUGUGUCUCAACAUGCUCGACGGCCGCACCAAGGCCAGCAAGGCGGCCACCAAGGACAAGGAGCAACAGCAGCAGCAGCUGCGUCCAAAAAGUGUCACCAGCAGCCAAAGCAGCAGCAGCAGCAGCAGCUCCUCGACAACUGGAGGAGGAGGCGGAGGAGGAGUAGCUGCACCCGCCGGCGAGAACUAUGCCAAGCGCAAGCGCGGCUGCUACAAGUGCUCCGAGUGCGGCAAGCAAUAUGCCACCUCGAGUAAUCUGUCGCGCCACAAGCAGACGCAUCGCUCCCUCGACUCGCAGUCGGCCAAGAAGUGCAAUACCUGCGGCAAGGCUUACGUCUCGAUGCCGGCCCUGGCGAUGCAUCUAUUGACGCACAAGCUGUCGCACAGCUGCGAUAUCUGUGGCAAGUUAUUCUCGCGCCCGUGGCUGCUGCAGGGCCAUCUGCGCUCCCACACCGGCGAGAAGCCGUACGUGUGUGUGCAGUGCGGCAAGGCCUUUGCGGAUCGCUCCAAUCUGAGGGCUCACAUGCAGACGCACUCGGGCGACAAGAACUUCAAGUGCCUGCGCUGCAACAAAACCUUUGCGCUCAAAUCGUAUCUGAACAAGCAUCUGGAGUCGGCCUGUCUGCGGGAUGCAGGCAAGAAUGUGGACGGCGAUAACGAUAUUGAUGGCGACGGCGAUGAGGAUCUGGACGAUGAGGAGGAGGCGGAGGAUCUGAAGCAUGACGAACUCGAGCCGGACGAGCUGGACAGCGAUGAGAACAGCCAGGAUAUUGUGGUAGCUUAAGCUUAUCUAAUAUAGUAUGCCUAACUAAAACUUUAAGAAACUUUAUACCGAAAAUCCUAUAAGCAAUACUCGAGCACCCUUAACGAGAAAGAAGGAAAUAUAUAAAUCAAAUCAGUCAACUAGCAGCUUAUUCUGAGUAGUUUUGAGCAUGUGGAGCAUGUGUUGGUAACGUCUUGGAUGCCAGAUCUAGAUCUCGAAGAGUCAAUAGCAGUUAUACUACAUAUUAUUAUUAUAUUAUACAUUAUUAUUAACUUAUAUUAUUGACAUUAUCUGACCUUUUCCGGUCCGGAAUGAGCGAAUCUCUCCAAGUUGGGCAUUUUUAUUGAAUGAAACAAAAACAAAAAACAAAAAAACAAAAGGUUUAAUAUGAAAUCCAAAAUGUAACUUAUAGUAAAAAUCUGACACAACGAAUAUUAUGGAACAUAAGUAGAAAUUCUAUAUAUACACACAGAUCAAAUAAGCAUAUAUACAAGAAGCAAUGAAAAAGCAACAAACAAACAAACAAAAAGCAAAUUAUAUAUAUAUAUAUAUAUACAUACCUAUAUCUAUAUAAAUUAUAUGAGUACAUAGCGAGCAGAACCAAUUUGCAUGUUUUUUGGUAAAAAAAAAAAAACAAAUACCUACUUUAAGGCAUCGUUUUAGGGCUCUAGAGUUUAUAUAGGUACAUAACUUAAUAGAUGAGUACUACGAGUAUUAUGUCUAACUCGAACGAGUACUACGAGUAUUAUGUCUAACUCGAACGAGUACUACGAGUAUUAUGUCUAUCUCGAACGGAUACUCGUAUAAGGUAAAAAGAAUAAAAAGAACAGCUCAUUUCGAAACUUAGCAACUAAUUAACUAGUGGACUUUUUAGCACUUCCUGUAACUAUCUAUCGCUCUUAGUCUUUUGAAUAUUUACUUAACACAAGGCAUCAAGUUCGGUAGGCCAACAACAAGCAACAGAUUAGCAAUGAAAAAUGAUAAUACUCACAAUUUUAAAACUGCAACAACUUUAUAUUCGAACCCUAUUUAAGAUGAAUAACUUCCAUAAUAUGCUCUAACUCGAUAAACUACAAAAAACUACUUCAAUUACUUAGAAAUGAUUAAAUUAUAAUUAAUGAGAAAACAAUUUAGAAACAUAUCACAAGGACAAUACUUAAACAUAAAUGCAUUCAAUUUAAAAAUAUAUAAAAAAUGUAAAAAAAAAAACAAAAAAAAAACAAAGAAGCAAAGAACAUAAGCAAGAUUCAAUUAAGAUAUAGAACGUACAUUCUCAUACAAAAACCAAAAAUACAAUUUGCAACAUAGUUAUUUUAUUACUAGAUUUAAAUUAUGUACAUAUUAACCAGAUUAUAAACUAAUUUUAUACAAAAAGUAAUUCCCAAACGGAACACUAACUUCGGCCCGAAGUCGAAGUUCGCUAAUCCGCGCAAAUGUCUGAUAAAAUUUGGGUAAAUUUCCAUAAUCCAAUUGCGCGGGUUAACUCCGAGAAGUUUGGGCAAGCAUCUGAAAGUUUCAAGAGAUGUUCGAUGUUCGAUUCGAUGUUCGAUGUUCGAAGCGGGAAGUGGGAAGAGGAAGAGGAAGACGAUGCGAAAGUAGAUGAAGCACUUGUAAAACAAAAUGACAACUAAAAGCAAUUCCAAAAGUAAGUGACAUAGUUUUAACAAAACGUAACUCUAUAAAAUCGAAAAAAGUAUAUAUAUUAUAAAAUGCAUAUAUACACCAAACAUGUAUUUAUUUUACGCGUAGUUUUUAUUCCGAAACCGUAAUGAUAAAAACUAAAAAAUAACAAAUAUAAAAGCAAAAAAACAUUUAAUUAAAUUGUCAAUUACGAUUAUUUCAUAAUUUAAGAAUUAUAAAGCUGACGCUGAUAGAGGUUAUUUUUUAAUGCAUAUAUAAAAGUAUAUAUAUACGAUAUAUUGAGAAAGAGGCAGUUUUAUAUCAAAAUUAAGCAUAGUGAAAAAACACAAACAAAAACAUUGAAAACAAUUCGAACUUAAUUAUACAACGAGAAAGAAAACAAAAAACAAACAAAACAAAAAACAAAAUAUAUAUAUUAAUUAUUAACUUC